AUGCUUCUUCCAUCCAAUCCGAUAACUCCACCUCGCCGUCCAAUUUCCCUUCCAUCCCUCAACGACUCUUCAUCGACUCAUCUCCUUUUACCUAUUCCCAAUCAUCAAGAUCAUCUUAGCUCAACUCCUAAUUCAAUCACUCCCAGUACGACAACUACAGCUACGAGUCCUGAAAGAGAGAUCAAGAUUGCUUAUGUAGCAGAAAGAAGUUCGGCUGAUCUUAUCAAUAUUCUUGAUUUAACACCUAUCAAGAUGAAUGAUGCAAAACCAAAAUCAAAAUCACCCAUCACCUCUUCUUCUCCCAUCACACCAGAAAGAAAACUCACUUCCACCAUGAACAAUGACAAGACGAACUGUUUAAAUCCUCAAGAUACACCUCCUCCUCGACCACCUCGACCACCCAUAUCACCCUUCGACAUCGACAUCGAUUCUGAUGAAAUGGAAAUACUCAACCAUCCUCCAUUAUCAGCAUUCUACGCUUCUCCGAGAAAACAGACUGGUCUCAAUACUACAUCACCGGAAUCAGGUCAAGCGGUUGGUUCAUCAUUUUGGAGAUGGUCAAACGUUACUUCUUCAAUUGCCCAAACACAAGCGCGAGAUCAGGAUCAAGAUCAGGGGCAAUAUGAAAAUGAGGAUCAAGAUCAAUCAAGAUAUAAUCCUCCCCCUCCAGCUUCUACAUACGCUUCGACAGUUUCAACAUCGCCACCUGAAGCGGAUAAAUCUUUCCUAAGAAUGACUAGAACUACUAUAUUCUCAGAUUUUUCGGCUCCUUCUACAAUUCCUGAUAUACCUGAUCCAUCAGCUCUACCUGUACCAUUCAGGAGACCUACUGCUUCUAAUGGUAUGACACUUCUAUCUUCCAUUCCUGAAACCAACGCCAUCUCUCAUUCUUUAGAGUCGCCAUAUUCUCCUAUAUACGCUAAGAGUGCGUCACCUCCAAGCGAUGUUGAAAGGAGAUCAAGUACAGGAACGUUUGGUUAUAGGGAUCCUAGAUCAAGUGUCAUCGUCACUCCAAUAGCCAAUCCUGCUUCUGUCAAAUCUAAAUCACAGUCUGAUCGUCCUGAUACGAAAUCAUCCGUAAACCCAUUCAUGUUAUCGCAUAGCUCAAAGAUGGGUAAUAAUAAGAGCAGACCACUAUCUAUGUCUUCAGCUACAGAAACUGAUCGUACCACAAUCGCUUCAGCUUAUUCCGGAAGAGCAUUAGAUGAUUCAGCUUUAGAAGCACGUAAAGCUUUAGGUGUGUUUACUCCCACAAAAGGUAAAUUGAUCCAUAAUCAUCAAGAAAGUCACGAUGCAAUAGAUGAUCUUCUCAAAAAAGCAAGUCAGAGAAAUGAAAGAAGGAUUAUCCCAAUUUCGAUGGAAGUCACUGACCCUUCUAACAAAGGGCUGGACCCUCCCCUUGAACUGAAUGAGGAUGAAGGAGACCAAAGGAAGCUGAAGAGAAACGGAAGUAAAAUAGAAAGGAUAUUAGGUGAAGGUGCUGAGAAUGCUAGGGUCGUUUUGGAAAUGGAUAGAAGAGCUAUUGAAAGUGUCAUUGAACAGAAGGCAACUACACCUGGUCUUCCACCACCAUUUCGAUUAUAUCAACAGCCGACGCCACUUCCCAUUACUCCUGAUCAAGCUUAUACACCUAUCAAUAGUCAAGGUCGACCUUCUCCUUCACUUGCCACUCAUAACCGCUCUCAUAUUGCCUCACAAAUCGAACAUAUCGCUUUACCAUUUGAUGUUCACUCGCACCUCAGAUCAGCUUCCAUUGACUCACUACCUUCCCUUCAUCCCUCUCUGAAUGAAUCAAUCAACACGCUUUCGGCUUUAUUACCACCUUCUCCCACCAAGGACAAGCAGAAGGUCCUCCCGCAUAUCAAUGUAGGAAGGUUUACCGACAUUCGAGCUCGGAACAAUUUAACGCCUGGACAAAGAGCGAUCCUUUUGAGAAGAACUAGGAAAUUAGAACAGAUGUUAGGCGAAGCAUUACCUGAGAACCAGAUCGAGAAACUUGUGAUCAAUCCCAUCAAUACUUCAUCAACGUAUAUGACUAGAUCAUCGGAAGAUGUUUGGCCUAAGACACCACCAUCUUCCAAUAAAGGAACAAUAACACCAGAAUGGGAAAGAGAUGAUUGUGUACCACAAAGAGUGAAAUCAAAUUCAACUGAAGCACAAUCACUAUCAUCACACCACAGAUCAAAAUCGAGUUUGGCGGACAAAGCAAAAGCUGCUUUUGGAUUCGGAUCUUCCUCAACUUCUGGAUCACGAGUGAUCGAACAAACGGAAAUCAGUGGCAAUUUCGAUUACAAGGGUAGAGAUAUGGAGAGAAUGAGAGGGAGAGAUGAUCUGAAGGUGUAUGUAUCACGUUUAUUACAGGAAUCACAAACUGUGUCAAGAGGUAAUGAGAUUCAUUUCAGUACAAGUAGCAGAAAAGGAAUAAAUCGAUCUUCACCUGAAUGUGCAAAUACAAAUUCAAAUAUAAGUCCAAAUAAGAGUCAAAAUAGUUCACCAACUACUCCUAUUACUGCCGCCACCACAAACAGUUCAAGUUGGCCUUCUGAAGGAGAUGAUGAAGAAGUAACAAGGAGAAAUAGGAGGCAGCAAUUAGCUAAGUUACAUCGUUUGUUGGGUGCACCUAUCCCACCUGAAUUACUCAAUCCAUUUCUUCCAACUUCGCCCUCUUUCCCUUCCGUAUCCGAUCGAUCCUAUCAGCAGCAACACAGUCUCCUUCAACAGUCAUCCCAGCCACAACAAAGAGCUCGUUCACCAUCGCAACAAUCCUACAUAUCAUUCGAGGAUACUCCAACAUCUUCCAAAUGGUCGUCGAUGUUGAAAGUCCCAUUGAAUCCGCCUUCUUUCAGCAACAAAUCACGGAUUUUCUCCGAGAUUCCCUUGCAGGACAAUAUCAGCUUCAUCGAUUUGCAGGAGGGAUCAAAAAGAUUAAUGAGCAAAGAAGAGAAAAGUAUGGCUAGGAAGAGGGCGGCAAAAUUGGAACAAGUAUUAGGUGAUAAACCGCCUUUAGCGUAUGUUCGGCCCAUGGAAAAUUCAACAACACCGCAAACUCCCAAUCCACCAUUAUCAGGCUGGGACUCGAACCAUGUCGGAACCAACGAUGUCAAUGUCAGUCCAGAUAGAACUUCAGCUUACGGAGCGUACAUCACUUCAUUGCAAGGACUGUUAUAUUUAGUCGAUAAUGAUCAAGCGAGAUUAGGAGAAAUGAUGGAUUGUUUGGAUAAAAAUGAUUCUGCCUUGCAUAGCCCAAGCUCACCCUUAAUGGAUUCUCCCCAGUCACCGAAAUCAUACGAUAGGGAUUUCAUGACUCUUCAAAACGAAGAUGACCACUUGAAUAUAUUCAGGAGAACCUCAGUACAAGAAGGUAAUAGGGAUAACUCGGAUCAGGAGGAAGAAGAGUAUGAUCCUCAAAGUCAUUCAGCAAGAAGAAGGAAAUCAGGUAAAUUGAGUCAAUUUUUCGGUGAAUCAGUCAAUAUUUCAACGAUCAACGAGGCUCCUCCUCUUUAUCUCCACAAGAAUACCGGUAGUGGUAACGGUAAUGGUAAAGGAGCAUGGAGUAAAAGGAGAGAAACUUUAGAUGGGAUCAUGAAUGAAUUAUGGAAAAACGUCCAGAUGGAGGUCUCUAGAGGAGGUAUACAAAUUAAAGAAGAAGAAAGAUUGGGUGAAUUAAUUCAUGCUGUAAGAUCUAGAGAAGAUACUCUGGGCAAACAGAAAGAAAGGGAAAGAGGCAGAGGCAGAGGUAGAGGUAGAGGUAGAGGUGGAUGGGAGAUGAUUUGA